UACCGUAGUCUCGGUUACUUCGAAGCAGCUCUACUAACUAUCACGGCUUUCAGACAUGGCCGUCUCCGCUUCUUCUUCUUCUUCUUCUUCCUUCUUCUAUAUUUCGAAAUUAGGUCUUUUUCUGUUUCUACAAUUUCUACAAAGUUACUUGUGUUCCAUGUUUUGAUUCAGCAGCCCUGCGACUCUGCUAGGGCUGCAAAUAAAAGUGAAACUCGAUUGUUAGAUAUGGUUUUCAAGGGAAGAUUUUUCUCUUCGAAGAAAUCGGGUUCGUCAAGCCCCGACGGAUCGAAUAGUCCUAAAACUGUAAGUUCGGAUUCUCCCGUCAGAUCGGAGAAGAAAAAGGUCAAAUCCGUGAAGGAAGAGCAGCAGAUCGGGAGCAGUGGAGGAAGCUUUGGUGCUGUUUUUCGACAGACGCAUGUUAAGGAUGGUGGUAAUCAGCCGACACAGCAACAGCAGAAGAAGAAGGAUAUCAAAGGGAAAGAAGCUCAGACUCCGUCGAAGCAGAAACCGACGGCAGUUCCCAGUUCUGCUACCAAUUCGUCUUCGAAAUUGCGAAAUGUUCCCGACUUAAAGGAGGCGCCUUCUUCCGUUUCACCAAUUCUUGCAUCGUCGCUUGGUUUGAAUCGAAUAAAGACGAGAUCAGGGCCAUUGCCGCAAGAGAGUUUCUUUGGUUAUCGUGCGGACAAGGGGUCUACUCUUUGUGGCAGCAAUCUAUCAAGGCCUGAUGCAGUUGGGAGGAGUUCUGGCAAGAAAGAGGAGGCUCUGAAAACAAAUAAGAUGGCUUCUCAGGACAAUGCGUUCUCUAGUGGUUGGGUGGACAACGGCAGCAACAGUGAUAGCAUGUCGACUGAGAGUGCACAGUCGAGAGACCAGAGCCCAAAUGUUCAGGUCCAAUCUCGUCUCAAGAAUGAUGACACCUCAACUGAAAUGGGGCAAUACGAUUCAUCAUGGGGCAAGUCUGGAGGCUUAAGAAGCACAGAUGUUUGUACUCCAGAGGCUUCAUAUGAUUGUGAAACACCGAAGGAGUCUGAAUCUCCUCGGUUUCAAGCCCUACUUCGGAUUACAAGUGCUCCUAGGAAAAGGUUUCCUGCUGAUAUAAAGAGCUUCUCUCAUGAACUGAAUUCCAAAGGUGUAAGGCCUUUUCCAUUUUGGAAGCCUCGAGGUUUAACCAAUUUGGAGGAGGUUUUGGUUGUCAUACGGGCAAAAUUUGACAAAGCAAAGGAAGAAGUGAACUCUGAUCUAGAAAUUUUUGCCGGAGAUUUGGUUGGAAUUCUUGAAAAGAACACAGAAACUCAUCUUGAAUGGCAGGAAAUCAUUGAGGAUUUGCUGAUUUUGGCACGUCGUUGUGCCGUUAUGUCACCUGGCGAGUUUUGGCUUCAAUGUGAAGGGAUAGUUCAGGAUUUGGAUGAUCGGCGUCAGGAGCUUCCUAUGGGUAUGCUUAAGCAGUUGCACACACGAAUGCUUUUCAUCCUCACCAGAUGUACCCGUUUGUUGCAGUUCCACAAGGAAAGUGGGUUAGCUGAGGAUGAGCAUGCUCUUGGUCUUCGUCAAUCUAGAGUUUUAUAUUCUGCAGAUAAACAAGCCCCAUCAGGCACAGGAAGGGAGGGGAAACGCCUCAAUGUUGCUAGGGGCUCAAAGGCAGCUUCCGCAAGGAAAUCUUAUAGUCAAGAGCAACAUGGCUUGGAUUGGAAGAGAGAACAUGCGAUGCAGCCCAAUUUCCUCUCACCUCCUGAUGCAGAAUCUCUAAAGACCACUGAAUCCCCUGCAAACAGGGACCGGAUUGCUUCUUGGAAGAAACUACCAUCUCCAGCUGCAAAGAACCAGAUAGAAUCUAUUUCAGCGAAGGGUGAACAGGUGGAUUCGUUAGAAAACAGGAGAGAAAGUUCUGAUGCAGUUGUGUCUAAGCCUCCUGAGCAUCCUCCUGCCAAAGAUUCCCCUGGACAUACCCCCCAACCUUCCAAGCACCAGCACAAGGUUUCUUGGGGCUACUGGGGUGAUCAGCAGAAUCUUUCUGAUGAUACUUCGAUCAUUUGUCGCAUUUGUGAGGAGGAAGUUCCAACCUCUCAUGUAGAAGACCAUUCAAGAAUAUGUGCAAUUGCUGAUGGAUGUGAUCAGAAAGGUUUAAGUGUUAAUGAGCGUCUUAUCAGGAUUGCCGAAACUCUUGAGAAAAUGAUUGAGUCAUUUUCACAGAAGGACUUGCAGAAUGCAGUUGGAAGCCCAGAUGUUGCAAAAGUUUCAAACUCAAGUGUUACUGAAGAAUCUGAUGGUCUAUCUCCAAAACUCAGUGAUUGGUCCCGCAGGGGUUCAGAGGAUAUGCUUGAUUGUCUUCCUGAGGCUGAUGAUUCUGUUUUCAUGGAUGACCUAAAGGGUCUGCCAUUGAUGUCAUGUAAAACACGUUUUGGUCCUAAAUCUGAUCAAGGGAUGACAACAUCAUCUGCAGGUAGCAUGACUCCUCGAUCUCCAUUAUUGACCCCAAGGAGCAGCCAUAUCGACUUGCUAUUGGCAGGAAAGGGUGCAUAUUCUGAACAUGAAGAUCUUCCACAGAUGAAUGAACUCGCAGAUAUUGCUAGAUGUGCUGCAAAUUCUCCCAUGGAUGAUGAUCAGUCUAUGCCAUAUUUGGUGUCCUGUCUUGAAGACCUACGGGUUGUAGUUGACCAUAGGAAGCUAGAUGCACUAACUGUGGAGACAUUUGGAGCACGCAUAGAGAAAUUGAUCAGGGAGAAAUACUUGCAGCUUUGUGAGCUAGUUGAUGAUGAGAAGGGUGAUAUAACAAGCACUGUAAUUGAUGAAGAUGCCCCCUUGGAAGAUGAUGUGGUUCGUAGUUUGAGAACAAGCCCUAUUCACUCUUCAAAGGACCGCACUUCUAUAGAUGACUUUGAAAUAAUAAAACCAAUCAGUCGUGGGGCAUUUGGUCGGGUUUUUUUGGCGAAGAAGAGAACAACGGGUGAUCUUUUUGCAAUAAAGGUUCUUAAGAAGGCAGAUAUGAUCCGUAAGAAUGCUGUUGAGAGUAUUUUGGCUGAGCGUGACAUCUUGAUUUCAGUCCGCAAUCCUUUUGUGGUGCGCUUUUUCUAUUCUUUUACAUGCCGUGAUAACUUAUAUCUUGUCAUGGAAUACUUGAAUGGAGGAGAUCUGUAUUCAUUGUUGAGGAAUUUAGGAUGCUUGGAUGAAGAUGUUGCUCGCAUAUAUAUUGCUGAAGUUGUGCUUGCUCUGGAAUAUUUGCAUUCGCUACAUGUAGUUCAUCGUGAUUUGAAGCCCGAUAAUUUGUUGAUAGCACAUGACGGUCAUAUUAAGUUGACAGACUUCGGGCUGUCAAAGGUUGGUCUCAUCAACAGCACGGAUGAUUUGUCUGGUCCAGCAGUUAGUGGGACAUCUUUAUUGGAGGAGGAUGAACCACAAUUAUCGGCAUCCGAGAAAUUGAAUCAGCGGGAAAGACGGCAAAAACGUUCGGCUGUGGGAACUCCUGAUUAUUUGGCUCCAGAGAUACUCUUAGGAACUGGACAUGGAACAACGGCUGAUUGGUGGUCUGUGGGUGUUAUUCUUUUUGAGCUGAUUGUUGGCAUUCCUCCCUUUAAUGCAGAACAUCCGCAGAUUAUUUUUGACAAUAUACUCAAUCGUAAAAUUCCUUGGCCCCGGGCGCCUGAAGAAAUGAGUCCUGAAGCACAAGAUCUAAUUGAUCGAUUAUUGACGGAAGAUCCUCAUCAGAGACUUGGAGCUAAAGGAGCGUCAGAGGUGAAGCAACAUGUAUUCUUCAAAGAUAUCAACUGGGACACACUUGCCAGGCAGAAGGCUGCAUUUGUUCCGGCUUCAGAGAGCGCACUUGAUACAAGCUACUUCACAAGCCGAUACUCCUGGAAUACUUCGGAGGAUCGUGCUGAUGCACCCAGUGAAUUUGAUGAUUCUAGCGACAGUGGUAGCUUGAGUGGCAGCAGCAGCUGCCAAAGCAAUCGCCAGGAUGAACAGGUAGAAUAUAUUGAACAGGGAGAUGAAUGCGGAGGUCUUGCUGAGUUUGAGUCUAGUUCGUCUGUCAAUUACUCAUUUAGUAAUUUCUCAUUCAAGAAUCUCUCCCAGCUUGCGUCAAUCAACUAUGAUUUGCUUUCAAAGGGAUGGAAGGAUGAACCCUCUGCAAACCAUGGUGCUUAACUACCCAUGUCUCGGCGGAAAAACCAAAGUGGGUUUUGACGCUUGGUCAACAUUUGAGCCUUGAGGGAUCCCAUUCACCUCAGUGGUUGCGUUGUACAGCCUGUAAAUAGAGAAGCUUGAGUAGACAAACUGUGGGGAUGUGCUCUUUCCUGAUGUAGGCUAUUGCACCACAUUGUGGGGCUUCAAUUUUAGUCUGAGUGAGUUAUUUCUUUUGAGGACCUCUCUGUACAUUGAUACAUGCCUCAGGGUGGGCCUUCAGAUGUAAACAUGCGGUUUGACGGUUUCUCUACCAUAAGCAAAGAGAUGACAUCCCUUUUACUGAUGUGUAUUUCUCUCAGAGCAUGAGUUAUGAAGUUAAUAUGCUGACCGAAACUGAAUAUAACUCGUGGCUUCAAAAAGUUUAGUUCCCCGUCCUAUGGGGUUAAAAUUUCCUUUUUUCUUGAAAUUUAAAAGGCAUGCAAGCAACAUGAA